AUGCAUAACCCCUGUAACCAGAGAGCGUCCCAGACCCAGAUUCUGCGUGAAAUCAUAGUGAACAUUCGAGACCCUAUUACUAUUGCCAGCAUAGGAGCUAUGAACCCCCGUAGCCUCAAGGCGCACGUAGACCGCGCCAUCGAACAAAGCAGCAACGAGCACAUCCGCAAGCUCAAGACCGUGUCCGCCAAUCAACUCAAGAGCGGCGACUUGAGCGUCAAGACAGCAACGACAAAAGACAUAGAGGCCCUCCGGCAGUUUGCCAAGGACUGGGAAAACCACAUCGGCAACGGGGCCGCCGUGAGGAUCCCAACCUACGGAGUGCUGGCGCACGGCAUCAGAACCAGCUCCAUGAACAUAGAUCGCUUUACAGAAAUCAGAGACGACCUGCUGCAGGACAACAAAGCAUUCAUCCCCAGAGCGGAUAUCAAAUACGUAGGCUGGCUGACCCAAUCAGCCAGCAAAAAGACGGCAUCAUUAGUGGUCGUGGAGCUCUCAAGGGCAGAAGACGCCAACAAACUAAUUGACGAGGGACUCAUCUGGCAAGGCCAGGUGUUCCAAUAA